GGGUAGGUCCCUGUUGCCGAGGUCGGAUCCAGAGAAGCUAAAGGCAGUCAGGUUCGGGGAUGUCUGUGAGUUGCGGUAGCCGAGACGCUCUUGUCUCUAGAAUUCUAAGACCCUCCGGGGCCACAGUAGAAACUGGGGCGCCCCUCGGGUAGCCACGGACCCUCCCCGUGCAGAACCGUGGGUCUGCGGACAGGUGCAGAGCCCCGCCUCGCCGGGAGAGUCUACGAUCCCAGGACCCGCUUGUUUGCUGCGCCCCCGCGGCCGGCCCCGCAGGGAAGGUGCGCUCUGGCUGGCACCAUGAUCGUUGCGGACGCGGAGAACUGCGCCGGAAUCCAGGACUAUAUCCCCUAUGCCCAGUGCGGCGGCGCAGGGACCGCGGAGGAGCAGAAGGUAGCCCCUACUCGGAGGCUCCCCCGGGGUCCUAGUGCCUUCAUCCCAGUGGAAGAGAUCCUGCAGCAGGGGCCAGAGACCAUCGAGCAUCAGCUGGGUAUGGACGUUUUGGCCUCUGGACGGCCAGACAAUGUCAUGCUGGUGAUGGGCCUGCACCCCGACUACCUCAGCAGCUUCUGGAAGAUGCAGGGCCUGCUGCUGCGAGUGGACGGACCGCUGCCCUGCCCCUGGAGGCAUUACAUUGCCAUCAUGGCCUCCGCUCGGCAUCAGUGUUCCUACCUGAUCAGCUUCCACAUGGCUGAGUUCCUGCAAGCGGGAGGAGACCCGGAGUGGCUCCUCGGUAUCCACCGGGUGCCCCAGAAACUCCGCAACCUCAAUGAGAUCAACAAGCUGCUGGCCCAUCGGCCUUGGCUCGUCACCAAGGAGCACAUUGAGGCUCUUCUGACCACUGGCGAGCAUAGCUGGUCCCUGGCCGAGCUCAUCCAGGCAGUUGUCUUGCUCACCCAUUAUCACUCCCUGGCAUCUUUUGUUUUUGGCUGUGGCAUCCUCCCUGAGGGGGAUCCAGAAGGCAACCCUGUCCUCCAAGUCCCCUCACCAUCCAGUGGGCAGAGCAGUCCUCCCAAUGGAGACCCCCUUGGCAGUUCUGGGGGCUUUGAUGCUGUUCGGGAAGUAGAGGCCUUGAUGGAGCGAAUGAAGAUCCUGCAAGAAUGCCAGCUACAGGAAGAGGCAGCAUCCCAAGAGGAGAUGGAGAACCGCUUUGAGCUGGAGAAGUCUGAGAGCCUGCUGGUGGCCCCUACAAGUGACAUCCUAGAACUUACUCCAUCCCCCGAUGUCUUGUGCUUUGUGGAAGAUCCCACUUUUGGGUAUGAGGACUUCACUCGGCGAGGCACCCAGGCUCCUCCAACCUUCCGAGCCCAGGACUAUACCUGGGAGGACCAUGGCUACUCCCUGAUCCAGCGGCUCUACCCAGAAGGGGGGCAGCUGCUGGAUGAGAAGUUUCAGGUAGUAUACACCCUGACCUACAAUACCAUCGCCAUGCACAGCGGUGUGGACACCUCUAUGCUCCGAAGGGCCAUCUGGAACUACAUCCAUUGUGUCUUUGGCAUUAGGUAUGAUGACUAUGAUUAUGGGGAGGUGAACCAGCUCUUGGAGAGGAGCCUCAAGGUCUAUAUCAAAACCGUCGCCUGUUAUCCAGAGAAGACAACCAAGAGGAUGUACAAUCAUUUUUGGAGGCACUUCCGGCAUUCUGAGAAGGUCCAUGUGAAUCUGCUGCUGCUAGAGGCCCGGAUGCAAGCAGCCCUCCUCUACGCCCUCCGAGCUAUUACUCGCUACAUGACCUGAUGGUGGGCACCAUGGCCUUUCCAGCUCCAGACUGGAUACUACUUUUGCUGGGGGGCCAGCUUCCUUUCUGGUAGCCCUUUCUAACCUACAGACUAUUGGUCUCUGCCCGUAUCACAUUCCCUCCCUGUCCCACUGGCUACAGGCUGCUCUUGUCUGUGAAACCUUGGAAAUCAAGUGCCUCUGGGCCCCCCACUUUUCUCGAUCCCUUUUCCCCACCCCAGUGGAACCAAAAGGACAUCUCUGUGUGCUCUGGGCCCCCAGCGCCACUGCCGGGAGCUGAAGAAGGAGGCAGGGACCAUCCCGGCCAUGCUCUCAUCCUUGCUUCCCUCCCUCCACCUUGGAAACACACAACCUCCUCCAUCAUCAACAUCAGGGGGAAGAAGUCACUUCAAGGAAGACUGUUCUAAGCCCCAGCUUCCUAAGAGAGAGACUGCCCUCGCCUUGGCCCCACCUCUCUUACCUGCCACAGGAAAAUGUGUACUGGGUUUGGUGGACUAGGGAAGAGGAAACAUCACAGCCUGGGGUAGCACCUGCACUAAGCUGGGCUGACACUCCGCAGGGUUGGGGGAGCAGAGGCAGCGCCAAGGCCCCUGCCCCCUAAGCCUAUUCUUCUAGCCCUGUUACCCUAAGGAGCCUGGGCAGUCAGAGGAAUUAUCUGAGGGUCCCUGCAUCUUUUUUCGUGAUUCCCUCCCAUCAGCCUUGUUUCCCUUCCCCCACUGCUGGCAGUGGGGAUCCCCAGAAGAGAUCAAGGUGGGAGGGGGAUAGGAAGAAGAUCGAUGGGGAAAUUUGCUUUUCUGAAAGGAGGAAGGGAGUGGGGGGGGGGGUCUUUCCUUUCUUUCCCUAAGACCUGGAUGGGGAGGGGUGUGAAGAAAGUCUUCUUUAGGAUUGGCUUCAUCCAUCCCUAUUUGACCUGUGCCUAAGGGAACUGGACUUAUAAUAGGACGUGUUCUGCCCAGAGCAGCCAGGCUCUGCCAAAACUAGCACCUUGACCUCCUGCCUCCCCCUUCCUUCCCUGCCCUUGUUGUGUUUACUGAAAGGAUGGGUUUGAGGAAUAAAGUUGACAGCACAGUAAGUGUUAGAUGGCAGGGAGUCGGGAAAUCUGAAUUUCCUGGCCCCACUUUGCGACUGGCUGGCUGUGUAACUUUAGGCUUAGGCCGUGACUCUCCCUGAUUAUCAGUUUUCUCAUCUACAAAAUGGCAGUCCUUCUGGUUCCAGAAUGUGUAAUCAACCUAUAUAGCUUUAAAUAGGAUCAAACCCAGAGGUCCUUAGGACCCUAAAUUCUCCCUUCUAAGGAGGAGGGGAAUCUGUCUCCCCUUGAACCCCUACCCCCCGCCCUACUCCAUACCCCUGUGCCCUGGGGUCCAGGAACCCCCAGAAGGGUCAGAGCCAUUCUAUAUUGCACUUUCUCUGAUAUGAAAACUGUGAAUUCUGUUUGCCAUCUUUCCCCAAUCCUUGUGCUCUGUCUCUUACUCCUGGACACUUGGGAGAUGUCAUAAGUUGCCAUCCUUCAUAAUUAAAGCUGCUGUUCCUGCUUCACUCCCUCAGUGUCCCUCCCCACAACCCAUCAGCAGGACCCCUCAUCCACGGUGAGGGUCUGGCUAGGGGGAAGGAGAUGAGCUGGGGACGGUGGGGAGAUGUGGCCAGAUGUGCCACUCUCAUCAUGCAGGUCAUGGUGAAAUAAAUGGCUGGAAUGUAGAGGCUGGGCUGUAGACCGCCUGGCCCCAAGUCAGGACCCCAAAGAUGUGUACUGUCCCUAGGAAUUUCACAAAGGGAAAAAGCUGGGGAGGAAAACAGUGUUUCAAUGCAGAAAUGUUUGUUACUUUGCUACAUACUCCAUAUUGAGAAAUAAAAGAUUCACUGGGGUUGUUUUUCUUUUGG